AGUCGGAAGUGUUCGGGUGUUGUCGGACUCAACCGGUGUGUCAGAGGGCAGAACGAACGCUGCGGCUCUCAGCGCUCGAGAAUAGCGCCAUUCAUCUGCGAGGACCGCGGACACACCUGGUCGGACCGAAGACAGCAGUUUAGCGACUGAAAGGGCUCCACACAGCACCCGGUUAAUCACUUGAGGAAUGCGGUGCUAUUAGGACGACGGGAGCCGAGAGCCGAAACUUCAAAACAACUUUUAAGUUAUUUUUAACCAACUUAUCAAAAAAAAAAAAAAAAAAAAAAAAAAAGGGAUCAUGGCCACAGGCGGAUUCAAGUCAAACGCCACGACAGACUUUUUGGAGGAGUGGAAGGCAAAACGUGAGAAAAUGAGAGCCAAAAUGCUGGGGGACAUAGCCGCAGCGACUGGUGCUCCCUUGGGGGCCGGCAACCCAAACAGCACUAGCAAAAAAAACAACAACAACAACAGUAACCGCCAUAACGCCCCACCGGGCACCGAGCUCACCAAUAACGGCAACCCUGACCGAACCACCGCCGCUGGGAACUGCCUCCCCUCCUCCUACACGGUGGCUCGGUCCUCCUCCGGCACGGCUUUAAAGCGACCCGAGGAGGAAACGCAGCACCCUUACCCUGCCCUCCCUGCCUCCCCCACAGCCUCACCGCCGGGGAGCAACCUGAAGAAGGCCCCGCCUCAGACAGAGAAGCCUCAGUGCGCUUCCCCGGACUCCAGCCCCAUGGCUUGCAAUGACAGUGACAAGGGAAGCCCAUCACCCAGUAAAGUCAAGGAGAAGAAUAGCACCGGUCCCAGUGCUAGGAAGGGGAAAGGGCAGAUUGAGAAGAGGAAAUUGAGGGAAAAAAGGAGAUCAACAGGUGUUGUCAGCAUACCAUCCAACGAGAGCCUGGAUGAGCUGGACGAUGACGACACAGGGGAGAAGAACAGAAGGGAGGAGGAGGAGCUGGUUCAGGCCAACACUUUCCAGAACGAGUCCAUGAUAGCUGAACCUGCCACCGGCCACUUAAUGGAAACCCCCAGAUCUGGGAGCGGGCGCCACAAGAGCUCUGCAGCGCCGGGAUCUGAGGAAGAGCUGGGUGGUAACAACAGACAACGACACAACCGUCACGGCAGAGAUGGAGGAGCUGCAGCACCACCAGGGAGCUUGGAGAAAAGAAUGGAGGAGCUGGAGAAGGAGCUGGCCAGAGAGCGUCAGGAGAACGAUAGGUUGCUGAAGGCCCACCAGGACAAAGACGACCUCAUCGGGAAGCUGAGGGAGGAAAUUGACUUGCUGAACAGAGACCUGGAUGACAUUGAAGAUGAGAAUGAGCAACUCAAACAGGAGAACAAGACUCUGCUGAAAGUGGUGGGCCAGCUGACGAGGUAGAACCCGACACAAACAACCCAGCCUCCUCCCCGAUGAAUGGAGCAUUUCAGUUCUCUCCUUUGUCCAGACCUCAUGCCCUGGGUCAAGUCCAGCAGCAUGGCAUUUAAUCUGUUUGAUUCUGUCUCUUUGUAUGUUAGAGGUGAAACUGUAAAGUAGUUGACUUCAGAGCCCCACAGCCUUAAAAACAUCCCCCAGAGGAGGAUUUAUUCCAUUGUUGUGAAAGCGGAGUAAACUAGUAGGGGCUCAACAUUCUCAAGUCCUGACAGUCUCAUCAUAUGCAUAUUUAAUGUAAAUGUAUUGUAUAUAGGCCAUUUAGAUUGUUCAUUUUUGAGGGAUUUUUGAUAAGGUCUUCAACAGCAAAAGUAAAAUGAAUGUACGUGCUGCACAAAAUAGUGCACACAGAAUCUUUUAAAACUUGUAUAGAGGUUAAAAAAGAAACUGUGUGCACCUAGCAGCAGUCACCUAGGCACAUUUUUAAAAAGAUCUCCAGUUACUAGGUUGAAAUUGUGUCUGAGUGCAGUUUCAUUAGCGAACUAUGGAACGAUGGAGCUUCUGUUGAGGAACUCUUGGACCAAAUUCAACAUAAUUACUGCUACAUUACCAUCAGCCAAAGUGGGCAUAGUGCCUUGCAAUACAUGUGAGGUUUUUUAUGUCAAUUCUUUGAGAAAAUGGUACAGUUAAAGCCUGGUGCUUUAUUACUGAACAUUAGUGCCAGAUUUACUUCUUUCCAAUAAUGUAUAUUUACAUCUAAAUCCCAAUAGGGCAUCUACAAACCUCAAUGAAGAAAAUUUUAUUUUAAAUAGGGCUUUACAUAACUCAUAAUUUUGUCAGUUGAAUCAGAAUUGGCUGUUCAAUACAAUUAUUCGACUAUUCGUUCCUUUUUUUCUCUCCAGGUAUUCAGUAUCAAGCAACACUUUGUUGAAAUGACAGAUGUUUGAAUGAGAUCAAGUUCAAGUAAUAAAGUAAACAAGCCAAUAAACCAGUUGAUAACAUCACAUUAUGCGGUAUUUUGCACUUGCAAACACCGUAGCAACAUGUGCACAGAUAGACAGACAGUACUGUGUGAACCACUGAUUUAAUGAGACAUAAACAAGACAGAAGUGCUAAAAACAGUAUAUUCAUACAGUUUUCCCUACUGUUGAAGCUAUGUUGGAUUGUGAAGUCGGGGUUGGUAAGUUUCUCCCGACUUUCUGAGUGGGAAAUCCGACUUCAGCGGGCAUUCCAGUUGUCAUUACCAACUGGGAACUCCAACUUCUCAGUUCAACUGGAAUGCACAAUAACUACUGUAGCUAAUGGUAAUAAAAUAAAAACAUAGAAGAUCCGCAAUCUGAACCAAGACCAUUUUGCUAACCCAAAAUGAAAUAGGUUACACCACGCUAACAGCAUUUUUUUUGCAGAUACUAGAUAUCAAACAAAAGCCAGUAAGUUGCUGUGAGCUAUAAAUUCACCACUUCUAAGCAGAAUGCAGAAGAUAACGUUAUCUCGGAGCCUGACCGGGCAAGGCCUCUCUUCCUCCGGGCAGCUGUCUCCAUCUCACUACCACUCAGCCUGGCUCCGUUCCACAGCUGCCUGUACCCACGACAUCUUCACCGAGUAGACGGGACGACUUGGCGUAGUGGAAUGAUUUUCCCCCGAAGAGAAGCGUGAAAACAAGGGGGCGCUCACUCUCACUGACCAAAAAAAAAUAAAAGUGCUUGUCUUGAAUAAUCUCAGUUGACUGAGGGGUCAACGACUGAUGAUUUGAAUAUUCGACUUUCAGGGGGCAGCCGUAGUUUUUUAAAGAUUUGAUCAAUUAGUUUUGAUCAAUUAUAUUCUUUACACAUUUUAAUGUUAACAUCUGACUAUUAUACUUUUCCUUCGGGUGAAACCCUUGCCUAGUAUAUAUGUGUCUUCUUUUUUUAAAAGCUCUCUGUAAUUUGUUUACAAGUUACGUCUUUGCAAUAUUUGAUAGGUGUUUAGCUGCUCUGUUUAUGGCAUCUAAGAUGUGUGGAGUGAGCUACAGUGCAUUUUUUGUAUGAUAACCAAAUGAACUGAAGGAACAUACUAUUUGAAAUGCAUCUCUUUUGUUUACUCAAGCAAAACAGGCUUGGCUGGUAGUAGCAACUCACUUUCUGUAUUUAGAUCAUUUUAUUCCACUGAGGAGCUACUCAGCGAGCUCCUGCACUGUGGCAAAUGAACUAUAGGUUUUAGACGGUCGAUAGAUAGCUCUGCUUCCAUGUACAGUCACAUAUUUUAAGGGGGGAAAUCAUUCCCUCGCAGACAGACAUCACAGACCCCAUCUCUCUUUCCAUGACAUUAUGCAUGUACAGAAGAUUAAGUCAUUUAAUAAAAGUUUGAUUAUCUCUCUCCUCA